GCGCGUCAGUCCUGCUCUGUUGUCAGUUUACAGCUCGUCAGCUCCGGGUCCAGUCAGGCACCUGCAGCCCUUUCACCGGCCGGCGGAGGAACACCAGAGGACGGCGGAGACAUGGUUCUGCUGACGAUGAUCGCCCGGCUGGCGGACGGCCUGCCGCUGGCCGCCUCCAUGCAGGAGGACGAGCAGAUGGGUCGGGACCUCCAGCAGUAUCAGAGUCAAGCUAAGCAGCUCUUCAGGAAGCUCAAUGACCAGAGUCCCACACGCUGCACUUUAGAGGCUGGUGCCAUGGCAUUUCACUAUUUUAUAGAGAAAGGAGUUGUCUACCUUGUGCUUUGUGAAGCCAGUUUCCCCAAGAAGCUGGCCUUUGCUUAUAUAGAAGACCUGCAGGCAGAGUUUCAUGAGCAGCAUGGGAAGAAGGUUCCCACAGUAUCCCGGCCGUACUCCUUCAUCGAAUUUGACACGUACAUCCAAAAAACCAAGAAGUCCUACAUUGACAGUCGAGCGAGAAGGAAUCUAGGCAACAUCAACACAGAGCUCCAGGACGUGCAGCGGAUCAUGGUGGCGAACAUCGAGGAGGUGCUGCAGAGAGGAGAAGCUCUCUCUGCCCUCGACUCCAAGGCCAGCAACCUGUCCUCCGUGUCGAAGAAGUACAGGAGCGACGCCAAGUAUCUGAACACCCGCUCCACCUAUGCCAAGCUGGCGGCCGGUGGUGUCUUUUUCAUCAUGCUCAUCGUCUAUGUACGCUUCUGGUGGCUCUGAGAGAGAAAUAGAGAAAGAAAGAGAAAAAAAGAGGAAGGAAGUGUUGAAUUUUCUCCAGACGCAAAGAAAAGCCAUCGCCUUUGCCUAAAAACAGGAUCCCUGCUCUUAAUAAGACUUUACAGACCUACCCUCAUCCAUUCUCUUCUCGCAUGUCCAUGGAUGUGUUAUCCGAAUAUACAUAAUCUCAUAAUACAUAGUUGUAUUAUUAAUAAUUAUAUUGAGUUUGUGUGCAGGAACGAAGGAAAUUGUUUUGUGAGAUUACAAAGCUGUACUAUACCAGGAGUGACUGAUUAAACCACGUAUACUGCAUAAUAAUACAGUGAAGAGAAAUCAACAACCCACCUUGUUUUUAUCCUGAGCAAAACAAAUAGUAGUAGUAAUAUAUAUAUAUAUAUACUAUAACAUAUAGUAUGUGCUAUAGCUACAGAUAUUUGGAAAUCCAAAUCCUCGGUUAGUUUAAUAGGCCCAGUGACAACAUACAAAAAGUUAAAUAAACUUAAUUAUAAAUGCUGUGUAAGCCUUGCAAAAGCUGUUUCACUUGUGUCUACUGGACGAACAUUGUUAGCGGGGGGAAAGGUAAUGAUACUAAGAACAGGAGGAGAGUGAUGCAUUCUGUUUAUUUGUAAAGUGAGAGGAGUUAUUUGGUUAACAGGGGAGGGUCAUUUAAGUUUUAAUCAGCACAAAUGUAUAUUCCAGGCUUCCCUUGUAAGUUGAUUGUUAAUAAAAAAAGAAAGAAAGAAGAAGGCUUAAAGUAGGUGGAGAUGAUGGUUUAGUGUGUGUGUGUGUCACGGUGGAUCAUUAAGAUGCCUGUCUGAUAUGGACAAAGAGGGACCCAAAGAUAAUCCUGUGGAGGUUUUGCUGUUUGUAAAGAGUUUAAUGUAACAUUCAGCCCCCACCUCCCGCGCUCCAGUCAUUUUCACAGAGUCCCUAACCAGAUCACCCUGAACCCUGUGUCCACUGUAUGUGACCACACUCCCUUUACGCUCCCCUUACAUUGUGACUGUCGAUCAGCACCUUUCUGUAACCAGACAUAAAAAAGGAAAAUGUAUUUGCUGUCUGGUUGGGUCCUUUUAUUUCGUAUGAAGUUUACACACUUGACUUGAGGGGUUCUUGAAACUGCUGUUUCCUCUCUGCUGGGACGGACAUCUUCACUUUCUCUGUAUUGUAUGUUAUCCACGAAUAAAAUAAUUUGUUAGAUGAA